AUGGCUGCACUUCUAGAUUCUGAUGUUACAAUGGCAAUUCGAAUUUUCCGUGAGAUUGAAGAUGCAGCAAUGGUUGCAGCCCUCGAGCAGAUUGAAACAAUCGAAGAGAAGAACUUACUUCAUGCUCAAAUAUACACAAUUCUGAGUAGAUAUGAUGAUGCAGAACAAUUGUAUUUAGACUCAUCCAGACCUAUUGAAGCAUUGAAUAUGCGUCGUGAUCUUUUGGAAUGGCCGAAAGCACUGGUUCUUGCUGAAACAAUGGAUCCAAAAGAGAUUCCAUUCUUGUCGAAAGAAUAUGCACAAGAACUGGAAUUAACUGGUGAUCAUGCGAAUGCUCUGGCGAAUUAUGAGAAAGGAGUUGUUGAGAAUGAGAAUAAUACACCAGAACUACAAGAACACAAUGAAAUUUGUCAAUCUGGAAUUGCUCGAAUGGCAAUAAAAACUGGAGAUUUGAGAAGAGGGGUUCAACUGGCCAAACAAUUAGAAGGACGAGUUGUCAAAAGAGAUUGUGCAAUCAUUUUAGAGCAAAUGAAACAAUUCACUGAAGCUGCUCAGUUAUAUGAAGUUGGUCUUUUCUAUGAUCGUGCUGCUGCAGUAUGUCUGAAAGCCAACGCUUGGGCGAAAGUUGGUGAACUUUUGGAAAAAGUAAAAAGCCCAAAAAUUCAUAUUCAAUAUGGAAAGAUAAUGGAAAAGGAGAAGAAAUAUAAAAUUGCAGUUCAGUGUUACGAGAAAGGACGAGACUAUGAUAACCAAGUCCGACUACUACUUGACCCAUUGAAUGAACCUGAUGAAGCCGUUCGUGUUGUUCGAGAGAGUCGAAGUAUUGAAGGAGCCAAAUUAGUGGCCAAAUUCUUUGUGAAACUGGGUGAUCAUAACUCGGCAAUCCAGUUUCUUGUGAUGUCUCAAUGUGUUCAAGAAGCAUUUGAACUGGCUGAAAAGAACAAUGCAUUGAAAGAAUAUGCAAAUGCAAUAGAGAAACACGGAAACAUCAGUCAGUCAUUGGAACUUGCUGAGUACUAUAACCGUCUGAAUGAUAUGUACAUGGCUGCAAAGUUCUUCACUCAGGCAGGACAAUAUUCAACUGCAAUGUCGCUUUUGUUCAAGAACGGAGACGAUGAAGAUUGUGUUGCAUUGGCAGUUGAUUGUGGAAUUAAAUCAAAAGACAAAGCAUUGACCAAUAAAUUGAUAAAGUUUCUAUUGGGAGAAGACGGAAAUCCAAAAGAUCCUUCACAGUUGUUUCGAUUGUAUGUUGGAUUGGGAAGAACGAGAGAUGCUGCGAACACAGCAGUGGUGGUUGCAGAGAUACAUCAAGCAAAGGGUUCUUAUCGAGUUGCAAGAGAUCUUUUAUUCCAAAUGCAUCAACAAUUAAGAGCACAAAUGAUGAGAAUUCCACUUGAUAUGAAUAAGAGUUUGAUGGCUAUCCAUUCAUAUAUUAUUGUCAAAUCUCUCAUAAAUCGAAAAGAGAUUUUGCUGGCGGCGAGACUGUUAAUCAGAACUUGUGGAGAAGUUCAGAGGUUUCCAACUCAUGUUGUCUCCAUUUUAACAAGUGCUGUAGUCAUUUGCACUCAAGCUAAUCUGAAAAAGUCUGCACAUAAAUUCGCAUCUCAAUUGAUGAGUCAAGAAUAUCGUCCAAAAAUUCACGAGAAAUACAAAAAGAAGAUUGAAGAUAUCGUCAGAAAAGGAGGAAAUCAAAACGAUGUUCCAGAAAACAACACUCCAUGUCCAAUUUGUGAUUUUCCGAUGCCUGACUAUGCUAUGAGUUGUGAUAAUUGCAAUAAUCUUGUUCCGUAUUGCAUUCUUACAGGACGACACAUUGUGACUGAUGACUUCUCGAGAUGUCCACACUGUGAACUGCCUGGAUUUUAUUCGGAAUUUCGAAAACUUUCGAGUAUAAAUGAGAACUGUUAUAUGUGUGGAGGAGAUUUGAAAGGAGCAAUUCCGGAAGAUGCGAAGGCGUAUUUGGAUAAAAUGGAGAACGAUUAUAAAUGA